AUGUCAAAUGUUACGUCGCAAAACGUGUUAGAGACUCGCACCCUAGCGGAACUUCUUUCAAGUCGACAAAACGCUACCGUAGUUGUCGAAGCGUUACUUAGUGUGAUUUUGAAUAUAGCAGCCUUGUUUUUGAACUGCGUCCUGUGCUGGGCGGCUUACAAGAACCAUCGUCUUCGACGAAUGACAAGUGUUUAUGUCCUCGUACUCGCUCUUACCGAUCUCCUCACCGCUGGGCUGGUGAUGCCGUUUAUGUGUGAUGUCAGCAUUUACGGAGAGUGGAGGUACUCUUGGUCCGCUUGUCAAUUUCAAGCAUUCUGUUGCGUCGUGCUAGCUUACAUCGCUCAACUUAUGUUCCCACUGACGGCUAUCAAUCGCUACGUUCGGGUACUGCGUCCUCGGAUUUAUUCGAAGCUUUUCGUAAGGAAGUAUACCUUGCUGUCAAUCAUCAUCGUGUCACUUUGUGCAAUCAUUGCUCCGUUGCCUUACCUUCUUAGGGGCCAUACUUUCACUUUUCAUCCAGGAAUGAUGAUCUGUUUUUAUGCCAUCGAAAAUUCUAGAGAAAAACAAUCAAUUUAUCGAAUUGUUUUCUUCACAAUCUUACCCAUGGUAAUCGUCGCUUUUUGCUAUUUUCGAAUAUACAACUCUGUCAAAAAGCACUCAAAGAUGGUGCACAGCGUCAGAACAGACCUCCGCCGCAACACGAAUGAUUCUUUUGCCAUGGAAACUAAAGUCCAUCGCCUUGGCAAUGUGCCAGAUAUGACAGUCACUUCUAUAUCAAGCAAUAGGCUAUCACUUGACGAUAUUUCGAUGACAAAAACAUUGUUUGCUAUUAUUUUUGCUUUCUUUGUAUGCUGGACCCCUCUUUAUAUCAUCACAGCUAUAGAUACAGCGAAUGGAGCAUUUGAUCUUCCAAGGCAAGCAUACUUUUUUGCCACGUACCUAGUUGGGUUAAGCAGUAUUAUCAAUCCUCUGAUAUUCGGAUACAUGAACGCUACGUUCAGGGAAGAAUGCAAAAUGCUUAUAAAAGCGCUGGGAUCGAAGAGGCCUCUUCAAGUAAGAGCGGUCGAUAAUUAA